GUACAUUACGGUCUUGGAAAGCCGCAAGAGAUCCUUCAUCCAAAUGAGACAGAAAAACAAUUCUUGUUUUUGUGGUUGAGUAUCCCAUUAUACAGCUUUUCAUUGACAUUCACCAAAGCCUCAAUUCUUCUUCUGUACAUUCGGAUCUUUGCGCUGCCUCGAUUUAUUCUUAUGUCGCGUAUCGCGCUAGGCGUCAUAAGCACAUAUGGACUUUGGUGUGUUCUCAGCUCCAUCCUGAGCUGUAUCCCGGUAAAUGCAUUCUGGGACACCUCAAUUCAAGGUCGCUGCAUAAAAAGGGAAUUUUUAUGGUUUUUUAAUGCAGGUAUAAAUAUCGUUACCGACCUAGGCAUCCUGGUAAUGCCUAUUCCCGUUUUGUCUCACCUGCAACUUUCUUGGAAGCGAAAGUUUGGCCUCAUGUUAAUCUUCGCUGCAGGCAGUUUGAAGAUAGCGCCUGCAUUACAAGCAUAA